CGACACCUGGUGGUUGCCUAUUUAACUAAGAGAAAUUUAUUGUUUACAUUUUGACCUUACAGUGAUUUAAUUUAGUUUAAUUUGUUUGUCCAGUUCAAUUUUAAUUUCAUCAUGGGUAUAGUUACAUAUAAUGUUAAUAAGGCUGCUCAUCUGAGAAGGAUUGCAUUAACCCACAAACAAAAGGUUCUUUCUCUUUACAAACAAGCUUUACAUGUAAUCAGGUUCAGUUGUGAUGACUUCUUUGAAGCUAAAGAAAAAGCUCUCGAGUUACGGCAACGGUUUGAAGCAGCCAAAGACGUAAAAGAUUAUAGAGUCGCCAAACAAAUGUUGGAGAAAGGACAAGAAGAAUUGAGACUGGCUCGUGAAAUUGAAGAUUUCAAUUAUACAUUCAGUGUUGGUGGAACUGGUUACCAACAAGAGCCUUCACGAAAUGAUGUACUGUUAGAUUACUGGCAUCCCCUUGAAAAAGCAAUGUAUCCAUAUUAUUUCGCACGACGUGAACAAAGAAAACAGGAGUACAUAAAAUUAUUCGAGUCUGAUUAUGGAAAUGCUGAGAAGCUACUUGGAAUUGAGAAGAAAUACGAUUAUUCUGAGAUAGUUGAUGAACUUGAAGCAAAAAUGAAAGAGAUUAAUGCUAAAAAAGAUUAGUAAAUUGUUUAAAUUCGUUUAUUUCACUUUAGAUUGUUAUUGAAAAGAUAAUCAAUGUUCUGGAUGAGUAACUUAAAAACUGUGUAUUUGAAAUUAAAUCUUAAACUUGAGUUACUGAAUAAUAUGGAACUAAUGUCAAUCAUAUUUUCAAUGAUUUGCUGUUUCAUUUAUUGAAUAAAUUCCAAAAGCUAAAUAGUCAAAAAAUUAUUAA